AAACUUAAUCCCAAAUUCAAUGCGGACUGCAUCUUCCCUUUCUCCGCCCUCAGAAGUCGCCACGCCAUCUCUUCCCCUCUCCACGCCCACGCCACCUAAAUCCGCUCAGCCCACUUCUCUAUCCUUGCCAGACUCACUGUUCAGCUCCAUUCCUGAACUCCACAACCAAAAUUAGGGCAAAAUGUCGUCGGAGCCGUCUACACCGACCAACUUCUCCUCCAUGGCCCCACUCCUCCGCCGCCGUCAGUCGGACCCCUCCCGUCCCUCCCCUCUGUCUAUCCUCCUUUCACGCAUCGUCUCCUCCCAGCGCCGCGGCGGCGCUUCAGUGCUGGUACGUGAGACCGCUGCUCGUGAGCUCGAUGAGCGCCGCGCCGACUGGGGAUACUCCAAGCCUGUCGUUGCACUCGACAUUAUGUGGAACUUGUCCUUCGUGAUUGCGUCGAUUGUGAUGUUGAUUUGCACGGCUGAUGAGAACCCUACUGUGCCCAUUAGGGUUUGGGUCUGUGGAUAUGCGCUACAAUGUCUUGUCCAUGUGAUCCUCGUUUGGAUAGAGUAUAAGAAGCGGAAUCCGAGACCUAGGAGAAAUGGGAACAGGGGGACAGUGGAGGAUAAUGAUUUUGAGAAUGAGGAGUACGAGAGCAUCGGGAUUUCUAAUAGCUACAGUAUUUCAAAACGUUGUGAAUCGGCGAACACAAUGGUGUCGUUUCUCUGGUGGAUAGUUGGCUUUUACUGGGUUGUCUCUGGUGGUGAAAUUCUUUUAAGAAGUGCACCGCGUCUGUACUGGUUGAGCGUGGUAUUUUUGGCAUUCGACGUGUUCUUUGCCGUAUUUUGUUUCGUUUUAGCAUGUCUGAUAGGAAUAGCUCUCUGUUGCUGCUUACCUUGUAUUAUCGCGAUUCUUUAUGCCAUUGCAGGCCAGGAAGGUGCAUCAGAGGCGGAUUUGAGCAUCCUCCCUAAGUAUAGAUUUCAGAUCUCCAAGGAUGAGGACAAGCAAGGCAUUGGAUGUGGCAGAAUGGUUCCUAUUGAAACAAAUAAUGGGUCCAUGGCAGAAGAGCGAAUUCUUCUCCCUGAAGAUGCAGAAUGCUGUAUAUGUCUCUCUGCAUAUGAGGAUGCUGCCGAUCUCCAUGCUCUUCCUUGCAAUCAUCACUUUCACUCAACAUGUAUUGUGAAAUGGCUUAAGAUGAACGCAACAUGUCCUCUCUGCAAAUAUAACAUCCUCAAGGGGAACGACCGAGUUUAAAUGAAGAGAAGAAAACCCGCUGGAGGCACGGUGAAUCGAGGCUGGAAAUGUACGUUGUACUGCAUAUUUGUGGAAAUAAGAUGGGUUAACUUAUUUGUACAUUUUUUCCUGUUAUGAGUUGGAAGUUCUCCAGCCUUGUAAAUCUUUUUGUUUCAUUUGUUUAUAGUUGGUUCUUGCUUGUACUUUUUGAAAAGGUUAGCCAGCUAGAUGUACAAUGGAGAAUUUAAGAACCAGGAAUUGCAUAAGUUCUGCAUAUUGCUUUGUACCUUUUCUA